AUCUCUGGCUUUACUUUGUCGACAGAGAUAUAGACAAUAUCUCUAUCUUGUUUAAAUAUUCGACCAAACGCUUUCGUUAAAUGCACAUCACACGGUGGACUGAGUCUCAACUUCGAUAAAAUCCAUCCAAGCUAUCAAAAUGGAAGCAUUAACUUCCGUAAUAAACUCCUACAAGGCUGCCUCUCAGAGCAUCACCUGGGAAAUGCUUCCACAAUUCGUAACUAUUUUCCUUCUUUCGUGGGUUGUGUAUUCACACUUUCUCAAGAUAUAUUUUUCUCCACUAAAAUAUAUGCCAAGUGUGACAUACAUUCCAAUAUUUGGGUCUUUAAUAGACAUUAUACGACAUGAAUCUGGAUAUUAUUACGAAUCGUGGAUGAAAAGAUUGAAUGCCUCUGUAUUCCGAGUAUUUUGGGCCUAUGGAUACGAAAGGGUGUGUGUUGCAGACGCUGAUGUUGCGAAGGCUAUUCUCGUUACUAAAAGUAAAAGUUUUAGAAAAGCUCCCGAAGGAUAUCGUUUCAUUAAAAAACUGCUAGGAGACGGAUUGGUCACAACUGAAGGCAAACUUCAUCGUAGAAACCGCAAACUUUGUAACGGAUCGUUCAGGAAAAAUAUUUUGAAAAAUAUGAUCCCGAUAUUUGAAUCACACACAAUCAAAAUGAUGAACAAAUGGGAAAAACUUAUGGAAACUAGUCGCGAUGGUUACACUGAGAUACCAAUCAAUUUACAAGUGACUAACUUAACAUUUGAUGUUAUUGGUAAAUGUGCGUUCGAUUAUGAUUUUCAAUGCAUCGAAAACAACAGUAACGAAACAACAGAUCUUUUCACAAAAGUUUCACAAAAGCUUGAGUUAAACUGGCAACGAGUUCUACCAGACUUCUUACCGUUUUUACAUGUUUUCAAAACGAAAUCAAUGAAGGAAUACGAGAAAUAUAUUUCGAAUUUAGACGACAUUGUUUAUCGUAUUAUUGAAGAAAAAAGAAAGACCAUCGAUUUAUCGAAUGAGGAUGAUUCAAACGUCAGCAAUCUUCUCGAAUCUUUAUUAUAUGCCAAAGAUGAGGAUACUGGUGAAAGAAUGAGUGACAAAGAAAUCCGUGAUCACGCAGUUACGUUCAUGUUAGCUGGGCAUGAAACUACAGCUGUUUCGAUAACCUGGGUUUUGUUACAACUUGCUCGUUAUCCUCACAUCCAAGAUAAAGUCAGAGAAGAAAUACGUUCGGUUCUGCCAAAAGAUGGAAGGAAUAUCACAGACGACCAUUUGGAACAAUUAUCGUAUCUUCGAUGUGUCAUAGACGAGACAAUGCGUAUUUAUCCGGCUGUUUUGAUGGUCAGCAGAGAAGCUAUUGAAGAUUGCAGAAUUGGGGAUUACACAUUUCCAAAAGGAACAUUCCUUUUUGUGAACAUAACCUCUUUGCAAAAGAAUCCAAAAUACUGGGAAAAUCCAAUGGAAUUUCGUCCGGAGCGAUUUAGCGAUCCUUCAAAAGUUUACCCUUAUUCUUUCAUACCUUUCAUUGCUGGGGGCAGAAUGUGCAUUGGUUAUAAGUUUGCUUUGAUGGAGAUGAAAGCGGCCCUAGCUUUACUUAUCAACAAGUUUGAAUACAAGCUCAUGCCUGGCGUCAGUUAUAAACGACGAGCAACCAUAACCAGUCGGCCGGAGCCGAAUUUAAUUUUGAAGGUGCGAAAGUUAAACUGAGAAAAUGGAAGAAUAAACUAGUUUCUUGGUGAAUCUAGUUAAAUGAUAUAUGGAACGCGGGAAACUGUUUUGAAUAUCAAACGAUAUAUUUAGUAACUUUAUAUAUAUCUCCACCAACCUAAUAAUAAUAAUAAUAAUAAUAAUAAUAAUAAUAAUAAUAAUAAUAAUAAUAAUAAUAUAAAGGACUGAGGUAACUCCUCCAGAAGAUAUAGAGUUAAACUUAAAAGAAGAGUGCCUCAAUCUUUUAUAUAUUAACCAAAAUGAAGUAGAUUGACAAAAUUAUUUUUUGAACCUGUUGAAUAAUAAUAAUAAUAAUAAUAAUAAUAAUAAUAAUAAUAAUAAUAAUAAUAAUAAUAAAUCCAUAAUUAUUAUCAAACUUGGAAAGGCUCCUGAUAUACUCUUAGUGCUGCUGAGAUAUUUUAUUUACCAAUGGUUACAAUGACAUUUUUCAAAUUAAUCUUACACGGCUGUUCAACGUUUAAAAGUAUUGGAACCAUUCCUUACCAAUUGAAAACCAUGUAUUUGGGAUAUUAUAGUAAAUUUCUCUGCAUUUUUCUCAAAUGGAAUCACUUCAAUUUGCUUGAAAACACGACGCUAAGACCAAUUGCAAAUCAACCCAGACUUGCAAAUUCCUAUGAAAUUCCAGACAUAAGUAAUAAGCUAUUACUAUAAAUAAUUUUGUGGUCAAUAAAAUGAAGUACCAGUCAUUUACAGUGGUCGAUGGUAUCGACAACCCCUCCCCCCAAAAUUAUUCGCUAUCUGCUUAUAAAAGAAAUCAUUAUCUUUAAUCGUGUAAACCUUUUAAUACGAAUAUAACACUGACGACAAUAGGCGGGAAACAGACGUUUAUCAUGAAUUCUUCUUUUCUGAAUAGUAAUUGAAUUAACUGAUAUUUGAAUACAAAGUUUCAUUUUGAGGAGUGUGUCGAUUGCUAAACCAGAUGCAUUCUAAUAUGGCUUUCUGGUGUCAACAAACCCCAAGCUCAACAGUAAAACGUUGAAUGAGUAAGAAAUUAUUGCAAUCUCUAUGAACAAGGUUGUAACAUUUGUAAGAUCAAUGAAAGGUAAGCAGAGUCAAAGUAACAAAGAA